CAGACGACAAGGACGCCUAGGAGGAAUUGUGCUGAUGUGUCUCCAGGCAAACACUUUAGAAAGCUAUCAAAUUUAAAGUCUAGAUUAAUGCACUUGUAAGUUGUAAAUAGAAGAGUGCUUUGGAGUUGUGAAAUGUGAUGUGAAGUUCUGUAUGCCUUUGAUGAUUUACUCUCUAUGUAGUUCUUAGAGUAUAACAAAAAUUAGCCAAUACUCAAAGUUUCUACUCUACUUAAAGAAUAUUGGCAAUAUUGGCAAGAGAACCAUGGCAAUAAGACCAAAGUUGCUUACUUUAGACUGUACAAACACCCUGUUUAAACUAAAGAGUACCUCCGGCACCAUCUAUGCCGCAGUGGCGGACAGCCAUGGCAUCAAAGUAGACUCCACUAAACUGGACAGUGCCUUUCUGAAGAACUACAAGGAACAGAGUCAAAGCUACAGUAACUUUGGCUGCAUGAGCGGCAUCUCCACUAAGGUGUGGUGGACCGAUCUUGUUAAGAAGACAUUUCUGGAUUCAGGAGUCCCCAAAUCCCCGGCAUUAGAUACUGUGGCAAAGCAGCUGUUUGAAGAGUUCAAUGGAGGAAAGCACUGGGAGGUCUAUCCCCAGACUAAAGAGGCGCUGGAAGCCAUUCGUGACAAAGGUGUGAAGCUGGGCGUCAUCUCCAACUUCGAUGAACGGCUACCCAAGGUUCUGUCGGAGCUGGACUUAUGCCACCUCUUCGACUUUGUCCUGACAUCAGUGGACGCUCAGGUGGCAAAACCAGACUGUCAGAUUUUCCAACUAGCCUUACAGUUGGCUGGAAAUGUUCAACCAUCUCACGCUGUUCACCUUGGCGACAACCUCAGGCUGGAUGUCGAACCCGCACUGCGCGUGGGAAUGCACGCCAUCUGGAUCAACCGGAAUAACGUAGACGUCCCGCCAGAAUUGUUAGAAUGCGAUAAAUUCCACGCGGUGUCCAAUAUAGAGGAAGUGGUGAAAUGCAUUAAGAAAAGCAGCAGCUGAGCAGUAAGAUCUACAUCUGAAUACAUUCCACUCCAAAGUUGAACUUAGAGCAGAAAUUUUGUUGGGCUAUCUAUUAUGUACAGCACAUAUAGAAAAUGGUACAAAAUAGAAGGCCUGACAAAAAUGCCUAAAACACAUAGAAAAAACAGUCGGAACCAAACCUCUGCUUGGAGAGUAACAAUCCUACAUAUAUUUUGAAAAUAGCAAGAUAGGUAUAGCCUCUAACGGUUUUCCAACGUGCCAUUGUUUACUGUUAUUCAUCAGUCUGUAUUGUUAUGUUACUGGAUACUACUGCUAUACACGUGAGGCAUGUGUGCUUGUAUAAUUUCUGCCAUUACAUGAUAUUGUUGCAGGUUUGUUUCAGAACUAAUAAAGUUAUCUGAUUGACCAGUUUA